CUUCAACAGAGCUUCUGCUAAACUCUCCGAGCUGAAAGAUAGCGCCAACUCUCUUCGGACUCCACCAUCAUCACUCCCUACCUUCACCCCUCCACCACCUCACUCCUACACAAUCCGACUACUACCUCACUCAUAACCAGGCACACGUAAGGACAAACUGGCGGAAACACCAGUCUCAUCUGUCCCUCUUGCCAUGUCGUCACAGUCGUGGAGAGAGGAGGAACGUGACCCCUUCUCCGAGGCACACAUCUACUAUGGCUCUGAACCUUGUAACUCAAAUGGCGGGUUGCCCCGAAGGGGAUUGUCACAAGCUUACGAGUACAAUGGUCCUCCGAGAACCACAUCUCUCGAACACAAGCCUUACCGACGAGGAUCACUUGAUGCAUUCUCGCAUCACCACCCGAGACAAUUUGUAAUCAAUGUCGCGGAGACGAUGGCUCGCCUCAUUGCAGCAGAAGACACGGAUGGUAAUUUCCAGAUCACCAUUGAAGACGGUGGUCCAAAGGUGAUAUCUUUGGGAACGGCAAACAGCGGCGGAUAUAAACGACACGAACUCCGAGGCACUUAUGCGUUAGCCAAUCUAAUGCAGGAGUUGACGAUUGCGGAGGAAUUCGGCAGAAAGCACAUCAUUCUCGAUGAGGCGCGUCUGACGGAAAAUCCUGUCUCCCGGUUGAGCCGUCUAAUCAAGACCUCUUUCUGGAACGGAUUGACCCGCCGUAUCGACGGAAGUGUGAUUGAAUCAGUCACCAAAGAUCCGAAAGCAGAGAGGAUGGAGGACCCACGGCCAAGGAUCUAUGUGCCGAAGCGGGCGCCCGAGCAGCUGAUAUACUAUCAGAAUGUGGCGAGAGAUUAUCCUGAGUUGAAUCUCGACGUCGUUCAGCUGCCGGAAGUCAUCGAUGCCCAGUUCACAUACAGCAUCAAUGAGAAGCCCGGUCUAUUGGCGCUCGCAAUGGAAAAGGUCGUUGGUCCCGAUGGAAAAGAAGAACUAAAGGGAUGGCCUUUCGUCGUUCCAGGCGGUCGGUUCAAUGAGCUCUAUGGCUGGGACUCCUACAUGAUCUCACUUGGACUGUUGCUCGACGGCAAGGAGCAACUGGCCAAGUCCAUGGUGAUCAAUUUCUGUUUUGAAAUUGAGCAUUACGGAAAGAUCUUGAACGCGAACAGGUCAUACUACUUGUCGCGUUCUCAGCCGCCGUUCCUGACCGAUAUGGCCCUCCGCGUGUACAGGAAAAUUAAGCAUGAGCCUGGCGCGUUGGAGUUCCUGAGGACCAGCAUCCUUGCCGCGAUAAAGGAAUAUUUUACCGUGUGGAUGGCGGCACCUCGCUACGACCCGGCCACUGGUUUGAGUCGGUAUCGUCCGGAUGGCAUCGGAAUUCCCCCAGAAACCGAACCAAGCCACUUUGAUUCCACCUUGCAGCCAUAUGCUGAGAUGUACCGGAUGACGAUUGACGAGUUCAUCACAGCUUACAACGAGGGCCACGUCCAAGAACCCGCCCUGGACGAAUACUUCCUACAUGACCGUGCUGUCCGGGAGUCGGGCCAUGACACGACCUACCGGCUGGAGGGAUGCUGUGCCGACUUAGCGACGAUCGAUCUCAACUCGUUACUCUACAAGUACGAGAUUGAUAUCGCGAAGGUUAUCCAUGAGCAUUUCAACGAUAGUCUGAUCAUUCCGGCCGAGUUCUCUGUGCCCGGCUUCCCCGAAUUGCGAGUGGGAACCAAGUCGACUUCCGCUCAAUGGGAUCGUAGAUCACGGAAGCGUAAAAUCCUGAUCAACAGGUACCUCUGGAACGGACAGAAGGGAAUGUACUUCGACUAUGACACCAUAAACCAGAGGCAGAUGAACUACGAGUCGGCCACUGUCUUUUGGGCCAUGUGGGCUGGCGUCGCGUCCCCCCGCCAGGCCGCCAAAUUGGUAGAGGUGGCCAUCCCCAAGUUCGAAGAGCUCGGCGGUCUCGCGAGCGGGACCGAAGCGAGUCGCGGUCCGCUGGGCAUCGAUCGACCCACCAGGCAAUGGGACUAUCCAUACGGAUGGGCUCCACAGCAGAUGCUCGCGUGGGUGGGAUUGGAGCGAUACGGCUAUCAUGAGGAAGCGAAGCGAUUGGCGUACCGCUGGCUGUUCAUGAUCACGAAGGCCUUCGUCGACUACCACGGAGUCGUCGUCGAGAAGUAUGACGUGACAAGGCCGGUCGAUCCACACAGAGUCGACGCCGAAUAUGGAAACCAGGGUUUGGAUUUCCGUGGCGUUGCGAGAGAAGGUUUCGGAUGGGUGAAUGCGUCGUACCAACUAGGACUGACUAUCGUUGGUUCUCAUGCGAAGCGCGCCCUAGGUGCCUGUAUUCCGCCAGAGCCGUUCUUCAACGCCACUGCGGCCGAGAUGGAGGCGUUGAUGAACGAGUUCGGCGCCAGUCCUCCACAGACGCCUGGUGCGAGCGAUGGCAACCCCUUCAACGACGGAGAUCUUCUCACUCCGGCUGUGGUGGCUGUCGUUGAUCCUUUCGACAUCCUCGCGCAGUCCAAUCAGGCUACGCCAGUCACAGAGCACAUUAAUCCGAUUGAGCAGCUGAGGGGAAUCGCAGCAUAGAGUGGGGGUGGUAUCGGGUUGGAGAUUAAAAGGUUGUUCUGUACAUUCCGGCGUCUUUUUUCAGCAUCAUCGGCUUUGUUUUCUCGCGAAACGCAUUUUCUCUGGUCAUUUUCAGAAGCUAGGGACGCAUUUGCUAUACAUUGUUCUCGUUCUCGGCUCUUUCUUUUUUU